AUACCUUCUAUGAUAACCACUAUCAAAUUUAGUACCCUUUCUUCAAUUAUACCUUUCCUCAUUAUGGCCCAAUCUCUCUUAUUCACAGUGAAGAGAAGUGCCCCUGAAUUUGUAAGACCAUCAAAACCAACACCUCAUGAAAUAAAAUUACUUUCAGACAUAGAUGACCAAGAAGGGUUACGUUUUCAAAUUCCAGUGAUACAAUUUUAUAAAUAUGAUCCAAAUAUGGCAGGAAAAGACCCUGUUGAUAUUAUUAGAAAAGCAUUAGCAAAAACACUUGUGUUUUAUUAUCCAUUUGCAGGUAGAUUAAGGGAAGGUCCUGGUAGGAAACUUAUGGUGGAUUGCACUGGAGAAGGUGUUUUGUUUAUUGAAGCUGAUGCAGAUGUUAGUUUGAAAGAAUUUGGUGAUGCUCUUCAACCUCCUUUUCCUUGUUUGGAUGAGCUUCUUUUUGAUGUUCCUGGUUCUUCAGAAGUGCUUAACUGUCCAUUGUUGGUGAUUCAGGUAACACGCCUCAAGUGCGGUGGUUUCAUUUUUGCUCUUCGUCUAAACCAUACAAUGAGCGAUGCAGCGGGUUUGGUCCAAUUCAUGAGUGCCUUAGGUGAAAUUUCUUGCGGGAUGAAUGAACCUUCAAUCUUACCGGUAUGGCAUAGGGAGCUUCUAAAUUCAAGGGAUCCACCGAGAGUAACAUGCACUCAUCGUGAAUACGAACAAGUUCCCGACACCAAAGGAACAAUUAUUCCCUUAGAUGACAUGGCUCAUCGCUCUUUUUUCUUCGGUCCAACCGAGGUAGCAAAAAUUCGCGCUCUUCUCCCGCCUCACCAACAAAAACAAUCCAAUUUUGAAAUCCUCACUGCAUGCCUUUGGCGUUGUCGUACAAUCGCGUUACAACCAGACACUGACGAAGAAGUUCGCAUAAUCUGCAUUGUCAAUGCUCGUGGCAAGUUUAAUCCACCGUUGCCAAACGGUUACUACGGUAAUGCUUUUGCAUUUCCUGUCGCGGUUACAACCGCGGGGAAACUAAUGGAAAAUCCAUUAGGGUAUGCACUAGAGUUAGUUAAAAAAGCUAAAUCUGAUGUAACUCAAGAAUACAUGCAUUCAGUUGCAGAUUUAAUGGUUAUCAAGGGUCGACCACAUUUUACUGUGGUUAGAAGUUAUCUUGUGUCUGAUGUGACACGUGCCGGAUUCGGAGAUGUUGAAUUUGGUUGGGGAAAAGCUGUAUAUGGUGGACCAGCUAAAGGAGGAGUUGGUGCUAUACCUGGUGUUGCUAGCUUUUAUAUACCUUUCAAAAAUGCUAAAGGAGAGGAAGGUUUGGUUAUACCACUUUGUUUACCAGCUCAAGCCAUGGAGAAGUUCGUUAAAGAGUUAGAUAGUGUGCUUAAGAACAACAUCAACCAACCUACUAUUGGUGGUCCAAAACCUAGUUUCAUUAUUUCUUCCUUGUAGACCUUAAACUAAUGUUUGUUUCAAUUUCCUUUGCUAUGAUUGGUGUGAGACUAUAUAUAAUCACGAUGGUCAAUUUUAGUAUAAUAUAGUGUGCAAGUCUUUCAGAAAUGAGAAACAUGUCAUUGCUACUUCCAUCA